AUGUGCGUGUGCACGAGCACGGGUGCAGACAUGGGUGCGUGCACACGUCCCGGGUCCCCCCGCCCUCUUCCCCAUCCCCCGGUGCCCCCCGGCCGUUCAGGAGGUGACGGUGCUUUGUCGGCAGGGCAGGGGCUGGGCCGGCGGGAGGACGGCAUCGCCGAGGCCAUUCGGGUGAAGGUGAAGUGCGACACGGCGGGGGUGGGACACGACGCGGCGGAGCCUUUCACCUUCCACUGGUGGGACCACGUCUUCAACAAGGCGGCUGCCAACAUCGCUGUGGAGGCCGGGCAGGAUGGCAUCUCUGUGAAGGCAGUUUCUGAGCAGGGAGGUGGGAUCAGCAAUAAGAAGCCACGCAAAGCUGGCAAGAGYGGGAGCCUGCUGUAUGGCCGCUUUGUGAAGUCAGCCACGCUCACAGCCUGUGGGGAGGAGUCUGUGACACAGCCUGCCAGCUCUGAGAGCAGCGACGAGGAGGAAAAGCUGGACCUCUCUUCAGCCAGGAGGCUGACUGACGAGGAGCUGGUGCAGGCAUGUGGGGGACGCACAGCACACAAGGGUGCCCGUCACGGCCUGACCAUGAGCGCCAAGCUGGCACGCCUGGAGGAGCAGGAGAGAGCCUUCCUGGCCUCRUACCGGUAYRGRGAGCARCAGCAGGAGCCCCUGGACAGCAGCCAGAGCAAAAAGAAGAAAAGGAAACAGUCCAGGCAUAGAGCUGACCCUGAGGUGCCAGAUGAAGAACAGGAGGAGGUGCUGGAAGAAGAAAAGGUGAAGAGGAAGAACCAGGGGCCAAGCAGAGAAGAAGAGCUAACAGGUGAGGAAGAGGUUGUAAGGAGGAAGAAAAAGAAGAAGAAGAAGAAAGUCACAGAGCCAUGUGAAGAAGAAGAGAUAUCAGGAGAGGAGAAGGUCAAGAAGAAGAGGAAGAAGAAGAAAAAGCUAGAGCCAAGCACAGAAGAGGAGGUGGUAGAAGAGGAGGGGAAAGCUGCAAACAGAAAGAAGAGGAAGCAGCAGGAAGAGGACAAAGAAGAGGUGGCUGAGACAGAUGUACCUAUAGAAGACACAGAUGGGCCAAAUUUGGGACACAGCCCUAUAAAGAAGAGAAAGAAGAAGAAGAAGAAGAGGGAGCCAGAAUGAGCAAGUGCCRUGGCUGCUGUGCUGUGCAGCUGCUGGUCCCACCUGCCUCUGAGGGUCSUGAUCCUGGGUGGGGGCCCAGGGUUGCUCUGAGCUCGUCCCAGAUGGAGCUCAGCACUGUGGCCCAGCUGCCUGGGGAUGCUGGGCUAGGACAGGUUGGUCUGGAACUAAAUCAAGCUUUACUUCACCCCCUGAACCUUCAGGGGUGACUGUGGUUGCCCUGGGGUGGAGACCCAUUUGCCAUGGACUUGUCACAGAGGGACACAAGSACAGACCCUGCAGAGUACUGAAAUACUUUUUCAAGGGCAUGAAUAAAUCUUUAUUGCUCAGAC